AUGGCGCUCUUGGGCUUCCUUCAACGCAUUUAUUACAUCCUCAAUCCGCCUACUCCAGCGAAGAAAGAUGACGCCAUACGAAUCGGUCUACUCGGAGCAUCCAACAUAGCCCCAUACUCCGUGAUCGCGCCGGCAGAGUCCCAUCCAGAGGUCAUUGUUGCAGCAGUGGCUGCCCGCGACUCAGCCCGCGCACGCCAGUAUGCGAAGAAACACAACAUUCCAAUCGUGCAUCGCUCAUACCAAGACCUCCUCAACGACCCCAGCAUUGACGCCGUCUACAUCGCCCUCCCCAACUCACACCACUACGAAUGGGCCCUCCGCUCCCUGGAAGUAGGCAAGCACGUCCUCCUGGAGAAACCGUCAUGCUCCAAUGCAGCCGAAGCCCGCGCGCUCUUCACCCACCCCCUAGCCACCGGGCCCAACGCUCCCGUCCUUCUCGAAGCCUUUCACCACCAAUUCCACCCAGCCUGGCAGACCUUCCUGACGCUGACCCGCGAAACCCCAUGGGGCGCCGGCACAGUGGUGGACACGAGCUCACAAUUUCACCUCCCGAAGGGCUACAUCCGGCCACAUGACAUCCGGUUCAAGUACGGUCUUUCCGGUGGAUGCCUCAUGGACGUAGCGACGUACCCGCUGUCCUGCGUACGACAAGUCCUGGGCCGAGAGUCAGCCCUCCUCGUCACAGACGUGCAAUACACACCUUUCCCCUCAUCAACCCGCACCACCACCGCCACCACCACGAAAUCCCCAGCCUGCGAAGCAGAAGAACAAGACGAAGAGCCACAAAUCGACACCGCCAUCUCAGCAACAUACCAAACCACCUCCGCACCAAACCACGCGCCCAAACGGGCACACAUCGCCGGCGACCUCGCGCACACAGGCAGCUGGAACGCGAUCCGGGCGCUGCCAAAAUGGGUGCGAUCGCUCUCCCUCCCAGGGCUCGCAUGGCCAGAGACCGAAGCCAUCCUGGCGGAGAUCCUGGUGGCGUCGCAGGGCGGCACCGAGACGCAGCAUUUCGUGCAGCGGACCGUCACGAUCUGGAACAUGAUCCUGCCGACGGUGUACCACCGGAUCGACGUGCAGGACCGACACACGCUCUACCGCAACGGCGCGCUCUCGAAGGCGUGGACGGAGGUGCAGUACCUCAAGGCGUAUAACUGGCCCGAUGCACGGGCGGAGACAUAUCGCGACUGGUGGACCACCUGGCGGUGUCAGCUGGAGGAGUUUGUGAAUCGCAUCAGGAAAAGGAAAGGGUCCGGCGUGUGGAUCGAUGCGGCGGAGAGUAUUCGCCAGAUGGAGGCGGUGGAUCAGACGUAUCGGCGCGCUGGGUUGAAGGUGCGGCCGACGAGGGCGUUUGAGGGUUGAGAGUCGAGACGCAUUUUUUGUCUGACGUUGUGCUACAUUGCUUAUCGAGAGCAAAUUAGGAGGUGUUGUUGUUGUUGCACGCUUAAUUCUUUGUGAUCUUCCUAAACCGCAAUGGAGCAAUGAGUGAGUGCUCUUGGCAGAUACCCCUUUCCGCG